CUUGUUUCAGAUCUUGCGUUCCACCGAAAACAAGUGUUGCCUUUACUACAUUACUUAUGUCGCCAGCGUGCAUGCAGUGAAUGUUGUUGAAUGCUCAGCACCAGCCUAGUAGCGAAGAACAACCGUGCGCAGAAGAGCAUAAUUGGAAGCGAUGCUUGCUCAAUGCCCAGGGAAUCGCCUCAUUAUUCUCACUUGCUUCAGACAAAUAGCUGGCUGGAUCACUUCAAGGAGUAGUGUGCUGGUUCGUAUUAGAAAGACAGAGUGGCAUGGGACAAUCCAAAAUGAUUCUCUACUUAUGACAAUCACUGAACAUUUUUGCUGUCAACUAUCUGACUGCCCGAAGUAUCGAGGGGAAGUCGCCGUAACUCGUGGUGGUUCUUUGCCACCGUAGACCUUUUGCUUGAUAAGCAAACCCCGUUUCUUCAACCGUGAUUUUUGGAUUGAUUGAAUAAAGAUAACAAUGUGAUGAAUGAUGUAGAUAUUCUCAUGGCGGCAUUACUUUUGUUCAGAAUAGUCGAA